CGUUGGCUCACAGUUGUUUUCCAACACACGAGCGAGAAAGACCUGUGCAAGUCGGUGUGUUUGUGUACAGAGAUAAGUUUAGGAAUUUCAGACAACAUUUAACGAACAAUUCUAGUGCAGACGACUCAUUGAAAUAAAGGCAGUUGAAAGUAAAGUUAUUUGAUUAAAGUUUGGAGAGUUCCAGUUGAACAGAAGUUGUGCUUGUGGUUUUCAAUUAGGCAGGCUCAACUUUGUGGUCGCAAUUAAUCAUUGCCAUCUGCUGCUAGAGAGUCUGGGACGUGCUUGUUGAGUGAUGAGUAAUAGUUGGUGAUCGGUUUAAAUUCCACACAAGUACAGCUGCACCGCCAACAUCCGCUUCAAUGACUAAAGUUGAGGACCAAUCCGGCAUGGUCCAUCGGGGACCUGUCAAAAACCGAUCCUGCACAGACAUUUUCUGUCUUAUAAUCUUCAUUGCUUUCUUGGUCGGUUGGGGCAUCAUUGGAUUCUACGGAUUCACACUGGGCGAUCCGCAACGCCUCCUCCAUCCUACUGAUAGCAAUGGAAAAAUUUGCGGUGUCGAUGAGACAGUGAAGGAUAAGCCCAACCUAUUCUAUUUUGAUCUCACUCGAUGCGCCGACCCCUCCAUCUUCAUAACCGGAUGUCCCACUCCGCAAGUCUGUGUCAAGUCGUGUCCAACUGAAAACUUUUUAGCCAUUGCUUCAGCUGCCGAAAAAGGAGAUGAGCUGAUCAAACCCAAAUUGAAAUGCAAAGAGAACGUGACUCUCAGUCAGUUUAGCGUGAAACAACUCGUGGAUCAAGGAUUGUGCGCCAGUUAUUACCUUCAAAGCGAGCCGAUCGCCGGCAGAUGUAUUCCUUCGCUUACCAACAUGACCACAGAUUCUAUAAUCUUUUCGAAUCCUGCUGUCCGUGAGGUUCCAAUCCCGAUAGAAGAUAUAGUCAACGGCACCAUAUUCUUAGCGCAGCUUUUGAGUGCUGGACAGACAUUCGAUCGGAUUUUUCAAGACUAUUCCGAGACAUGGUGGAUUAUAUUGAUCGGACUGGCCGUCUCUAUGAUAAUAUCUCUCUUCUGGAUUGUUUUGAUGAGAUUCGCGGCUGGAUUUAUGGUCUGGUUGUCAAUUUUGGCCAUUCUAGCUCUUCAGGGAUUUGGAUUCUGGUAUUGCUUUACGCGGUACACCGAGCUAAAGGAAUUCCCGGGAGGCAAUAAUCAAACGCUGGCCCAAAUCGCAUUCACCACAAACCUGGGUACCUACUUGGAAUUGAAGGAAACAUGGCUGGCAUUUGUCAUAAUCUUAGGCAUUUCAAUGGUUGUCAUUGUGUUGAUGCUAAUCUUUUUGCGCAACCGAAUUCGAAUUGCCAUUGCCCUCAUCGGCCACGCCAGCAAGGCUGUUGCUAGCCUCAUGAGCACUUUAGUGUUCCCCAUCUUCCCUUGGGUGUUCCAAGUGCUUGUGAUUGGCUAUUUCGGUGCAGUUGCUCUCUACGCGGCCUCGAUAGGUAAAUCCACGUUCAAGGUGGUGGGUCCGGACAACAUGACGACAACCAACUGCAGUUGCACUUCAGUGAUUGAUUCGGUGGGCACUUGCAUCCCUCUCGGCUUCGAACAAAUUUGUUCGGGUCAAUGUCCUGGCGCCAUUUGCAAAUUCUUCGAGACGGGUGGAAACUUUUACGUGACUGUCCUUCAGAUCUACAACCUUUUUGGUCUGUUUUGGGGUCUCUUCUUCGUUUCUGCUUUGUCUGAAAUGGUGCUGGCAGGCGCCUUUGCCUCCUGGUACUGGGCAUUCGACAAAUCUCGCGACGUGCCAUUCUACUCCUUGACCAACAGUUUCUUCAGGACCAUUUUCUACCAUAUGGGUACCGUUGCCUUUGGCUCUCUGAUCAUCGCCAUCAUUCGUUCCGUCCGCGUUUUACUGGAAUACCUCGACCGAAAAGUGCGUGAAUACUCGGACACUUCCUGCAGCCGUGCCAUGAUGUGUCUAUGCAAAUGCUGUUUCUGGAUGUUGGAAAAAUUCAUGCGAUUUGUCAACCGCAACGCGUACGUACUGUGCGCCAUUAAUGGCACGGGUUUCUGCGAAUCAGCUUCGGAGGCUUUCUCGCUUCUCUUACGUAACGUCGUUCGAGUCGCCGUCUUGGACAAAGUGACGGAUUUCCUGUUGUUUAUCGGCCGUCUCGUCAUUGUCACAUCUGUGGGCAUACUGUCCUUUUAUGUCUUCACCAACCGGAUUCAUUACAUCAACGAAUAUCUGCCGCCCACCCACUACUACAUGGUGCCAAUUAUCACCACCGUGUUGGGAGCCUACUUCAUAUCCGGUCUGUUUUUCAGCGUCUACGCUAUGGCGAUCGACACCAUCUUUAUCUGUUUUCUACAAGAUACAGAAAUGAACGACGGGUCGCCGGAAAAGCCGUUUUACAUGUCCCAGGAGUUAAUGGAAAUUCUUGGUAAGAAGAACAAGUCGUAAGCGAAACCAGUUUUGUAACUUUUCUUCCUCCGUUUUUUUCGUUUCGUUUUAAAAAUUCACAUCGCAUAUUAAUUUUUGCAUAAAAAAAUGUUUCCGAGUAAACUCGUGUUGAUUGGGAGAAAUGAGCACUGAUGUAUGCCUUUCUUCUGCCUUAAACUGUUGGCCCUGUGUUUUCCUUAUUGUAUUCUUCUAUGGGCGAAUUGUUUUGAUACUGUUGUCGCCAUAUGUUUCAUGAGAUAUCCGAAGUGCCAUAAUCUCCUGGUUGUUCUUUUGGUUCAUUUUCACUCCCCGUCUUAAAAUACAAUCAAAUUUUUUUGCCAA